UGUAGUCGGCUACCUUAUUUUGAAAAGAACGCAUGACCGGAAAUUAUAUUUUGUCACCCUGGGAGGGAGGACAGCUUAGCAAAGCUUCCAAAUUGAUGUGUUAUUUAAUAUAAAAGAAGGGAGGAUGAGCAGCUCAGAGGAGGUGUCCUGGAUAUCGUGGUUCUGUGGACUCAGAGGGAACGAGUUCUUCUGCGAGGUUGAUGAAGACUACAUACAGGACAAGUUUAACCUGACGGGGUUGAAUGAGCAGGUGCCUCAUUACCGCCAGGCUCUGGAUAUGAUUCUUGACCUGGAGCCAGAUGAGGAGCUUGAAGAUAAUCCAAACCAGAGCGACCUGAUAGAGCAGGCAGCAGAGAUGCUGUACGGACUUAUACAUGCACGUUACAUCCUCACAAACAGAGGCAUUGCACAAAUGUUGGAAAAGUAUCAGCAGGGGGAUUUUGGCUAUUGCCCCAGAGUGUAUUGUGAGAAUCAGCCAAUGCUUCCGAUUGGUUUAUCGGAUAUACCGGGAGAAGCGAUGGUGAAGCUUUAUUGCCCAAAGUGCAUGGAUGUGUACACCCCUAAAUCCUCUAGGCACCACCACACGGAUGGAGCCUACUUUGGCACGGGGUUCCCUCACAUGCUGUUCAUGGUGCACCCAGAGUACCGCCCAAAGCGACCCGCCAAUCAGUUUGUGCCAAGGCUGUAUGGUUUCAAAAUCCACCCGAUGGCUUAUCAACUCCAGCUUCAGGCAGCAUCAAGUUUCAAGAGCCCAGUAAAGGUGAUUCGCUAGAAGCCAUCUUUGACAAAGACAGUGGACUCAGAGACUUUGUUGUUUACAACUUGCGUGAAGCAAUUGAUUGUGUAUAACCAAUAAAUACCUGUACAGUUCUCCAAACUCACCUCUGUGUUGAUAAGCACUUUCAGAUUCAGCCAUUUCCCCUCUUUUAGGAGGCAGUUACAGUUGAGCAGUUUUUAAUUAUACUAAUUAAUUGAGCUUCAGACAUGUGGUUGAACCUUAACUGAUGUCAGUCCAUCUUUUCAAAAUAAAGGGGUUUCUCUUUUAGAUUGAAAAGUGACUUUUACUGCAGUUUGCUUUGCGGCUUAGUUGAAUGUAACAGAAUGUCUCACCACCAGCCCCAAGAGGUUUGCCUUAUCAGUGAUUAAGCCUCAUGAAAAUGUAACUAUUAAAUCCAGAACACAUGUAGGAAUGUGCUUAGAUGUUGUUCUUGUAAUAUGUGCAAAUAGAUUCAGGUGCUCUUACCAACAACCAGUGAAUACCAAAUUAGAGAGAUAAAGAAAAGCCAAAAGGACCUAUGCUUGUUUUAAAUGUUACUCUUCAGUUUCAUGAGAUAUAGUGGCUGUGUAUUUGCUUGUUUAGACAGCUCUAACAAUCAUUUCCUGAGGGCUCUGUUUGUAUAUGUUUAAAUAAUGGGAUAACGAUCUAGACCAGGGGUGUCAGAACAUAAGGCUCUGGGGCCAGAAGUGGCCGGCAAAGACUCCAAUCCAGUCCACUGGGAAAAAAAGUUCAGAAAGUUUGAACUUUUAACUGUAUUUUCAUAGUUUUGACAGCAUUUCUUAUUGAUAAAGAUCUCCCAUUCAUAAUUCAUCACAAUAAUUAAUAAUUACAUAAAAGUUUGUUUUUUCCACUACCUACUAUGAUUUUUUUUUUUUUAGGUGUCUGAAGUUAUGAAAACUUUAUAUUGUAUAAUUACAGAAUAGUCUGGGCAAUGAACUUCCAGAACUACUGUAAUUUUAAACAUCCAUCAGUUUCAUUGAUUCGGCUCACUUAAGAUCAAAGCGGACUGACUGUGUAAAAUGAGUUUGACAUCCCUGAUCUAGACAGAUGUGACUCUCUUUUUUUUUUUAAGAGUUUGGUAUUGAACGUGCAACAUCCACUGCAAAACAAGUGACUGGCAUUAAAUU